GAUGUCGCUGCUCGAGGCGUCCAUUCUCGAGAAGCUGGAGCUAGGGCGCGAUCUCCCGAUCGCGGAAUGGGAGCGCCUCGACGGCGAGCGCUGCGCUCAGGAGCAAGCGAUGCUCGCGGCGGAGCGCGAUCGGCUUCGCUUGUCGCUUCAAUCCGCGGAUCCGGCGCUUGCCCUGGCCACCGACAAGAAUCUGGAGUUCUGCGCGAAUGCCGUGGCGCAGAUGAGGAGAGACGAUGUCGAGCUUAGAAGGCUUCUCGAGGUCGCCAAAACUUUCUCGAAGCAACUUAACGAUGUGGAGACGCUGAAGAAGGCAAAUGUGCUGCUUGAAACCUCUCAGGCAAGCAUGGCUUCGCAAAUCCAAGCCUUGAAGCUCGAAGUGGGUGGACUGAAAGCCAGGGCUGUGGGAAAAUCGGCGAACUUGGCCAGUCCACAGAUAUUUGUCAUGGGUGGCUACGAUGAUACUGCUCUCGUGAAAGCUGCGGAAGUAUACUCGUUUAAAUCAUCGCAGUUCACGCCAGCUUGCUCCAUGCUCAUCCCGCGAUCUUCCGCCGCGUCGAGCGUUUUGGACGAUCGCAUUUACGUGUUUGGUGGUGGAGAUGGGAAGAACUGGUUCGACACAACUGAGCGUUACGACUCUAUCAGUAAUAGCUGGAGCAAAUGCAGCUCGAUGAAAUACAAGCGUGGUAACUUAGCAGGAGCAACAGUCGGCGGUAAAGUGUAUGCUCUUGGCGGCGGUAACGGUAAAGCCCAGUUUUCUCAAGUGGAAUGUUACGACGCCAACCUUGGUACUUGGACGUCUUCUCCGAGCAUGCUCGAAAAGCGUUACAUGGUAGCAGCUGCUGAGAUUGGUGGAGCUUUGUAUGCUCUGGGCGGCUUUGACGGUAGACACUAUCUCAGGACUAUGGAGCGCUUUGAUCCUCGUGAAUCUGUCUGGACGAAGAUGCCAUCGAUGACGUCCAAGAGAGGCAGCUUAUCCUCGGCUGUCUCAAACGGGAAACUGUAUGCGCUGGGAGGUUUCGAUGGUUCUGGAUUUCUUUCGACCGUCGAGGCUUUUGAUCCUCGUGCUGACCGCUGGGAAACGGUUCAACCCAUGGGGUGCGCAAGAGCUUACGGUACUGCAGUCACUGUCAAUGGCGCCAUCCACGUUAUCGGUGGACUGCAAACAAUGAAUGUUCUUUGUGAUACUUGCUACGUGUACCGAGAGGAAUCGGGCUGGACGAAGUUCGGACCAUCCGGAUGGAAGCGCAGCUUUCUCACCGCGGCAGUACUAUAGGCAAGAUUGAUGCCAUGCAUCUCUGGUACAUAACUUACAUAAUCUAAAUGAUGGUUUUAAAACGUUUGUCUGGUUUCUCACGCACGAGGUCCAGGCAGGCCGAUAAGUCUGGGCGAGUUGGUGAAAGUUUUAUGAUGAUCCUGUAAGCAAACAAAAGAACAGUUUCGUUGAAA